UAAUUCAAUGUCAACCCUUUUUUUUUUUUUAAGAUUUUCUUAUUUGAUUUUGUUAUUUAGACGCCCAUUCACGUACCCGGAUGUCUAGCCGAGUACAAAAAACGCUGAAGUUUCAGUUUCUCUAUUAUAGAAAGAAGACAACGUAAAAGCUGCCGUAAGAUGAGCCUUUGUCAGAUAGCAACGUCAAUAUAGUAUAAGUUAUUUCAAUCGAAUAAAAAAUUCCCGCCGUUCUAUUCUAGAUUUAAAAACGUGACAAGAAAUAAAAGAAGUUGACGCGCGAAAUUUCAAAUAGUUUGGAGUGCUGGGUUGUAUUAGAUAUCUUGAAGGAGUUAUUUUCUCAAGUCAAUUAUGUGGCGCAAUCAAUAUCGUUUUCACUUUUUUUAAUAGCUUACCGUCAACUAGACCGUGGCGAGGAAACGGUAUAUGCCGUCUGUAGUUGCCGUCUAGUGCUAAACUAUGUAAUCUUAUAUCCCAACAAAUUUAUAUUUCCACGGCACCCAGUGGCUGUGUCAUUAUCGAUUUUCCCUUGUACAGACGACAAUAGCAAUCCCGAGUUGCAGCUUGCCCUAAAUGUGUAAGUUGUGUCGACCUCUAGUCCUGGCAGAUACAUCCUGAUCAACUCGGCUUGUCACCAACAGUCCAGUCGAUUAUGAAAACCCACCCCCCCAGCAAAAAGAAGGAAACAGCCAGACACACUUUGAUGUUUUUAUUGGGUUUCCCGCGAACGACAAUCAAUUCGACUUGGACGCUUCUAACGAACCUUUCACACCUUUUCCUAUUCUUAUAUGUCGUCUGAAAAACAUUUCGUUGAUACAGUUACGCUAUAUAUAUCUUUAUUCCCUCCUCCUCCGUAUCAAAUGUCUGGAACCGUGCGCACUGGUUGGACGGACAUCUUUUUUUUGUCGAAUGCUGUGUGUAGAGCUGAUUCUCUCUAUAGACCAGCAACAUGCCCUUCAGCAGUGUGUUUUCAUUUAUCUCCAAGUUGCCUCCUCGUUCAAGUUGUCCCGUUUCUAAGAGGUCGCUCCCGUUUGCCGGAAAUGUUGAAAAUCGAGACGAGCCUUUGGCCACUGAUUGUUUGGAUGAGGAUCGUCGGCUUCCACAUGGGUCCCAGCCGGAAGAAAUCGGGAUCGCCCAAUCGUCAUCGCUAUUCCGUCUGUUUGCUGAUGACAGGAUCGCUGAUGCUGUUGUCGACCGUUGCUCUCCACUGUACCUCGUUCGUUCGCAGUUUCCUCAAGUUCAGGUCCAACGGGAUGGCCCAGCACAACGGCACGACGGCCAACUUGACGACGGCCAAUCGGCUCAACGUCGGCAUUGAGCACCUCAAUUACACCUGCGUCCUCAUCGGCGUCCACACGACCUUCUUCUUUGUGUCGCUCACGUCCAACUGGACGGGACUGUGGGACUCGCUGCAGCUGAUCGAGGCCAAUCUCAAAUUCAAUUCCACAUUUUAUCGCAAGUGCCAAAAGUGUGUCGUCAUCGGAUUCGCCAUUUUAUUCGUCGAUUUCGCCAGCCAGUUGUUUAUUUCGAUCCAUUCCUUUUACUGGGACAUGGGAUGGAUGAGUCCGUUGGCCAUCGUCCUGGCCAACAUCUCCAGGACGACCAUCAUCAGCGUCUUCCUGCUCUUUUUCGUUCUGGCCAGGGUCAUCACGCUCGUCUUCCAGGGACUGAACGAGCAGAUCGUCCACCUGGACGAGGUGGAACAGGUGCCGCAAUGCUACUCAGUCAGCCGGAUCUUGAACAUCCGCCUGGAGAAAUGGCGGAGGAAUCACACUUUAGCCUGCGAACUGGUCGAGAUGGUCAACAAAUCUUUCGGCUUCGUCAUGCUCAUCACCUUGGUCAACGUUUUCGUCAGUUUCGUGACGACUUCAUUCGAAAUCGUUCGAUCCAUGGAGGACGACGAGACGUUGCCAUUUCUGCUGGUCUUCAUUUUCGUCAAAAAGUUGAUCCUGCUCACCAUCAUGUUUUACGAGCCCUAUCGAUUGCAGGCCGAGACCGGACGGACGGCGUCGUCACUUAGGCGGCUGCACCCGUUCACCGCCGAUCUUUUCACCCAAAUCAAAGUGAAUACGGUCGUGAUGGAAGUCUCUCACGCCUGUCCCAAAAUCACGGCCAUCGAGUUUUUCGACGUGAAUCUCAAACUCUUACCAACGUUAAUUGGCAGUACCCUGACGUAUGUGGCCAUUCUACAUCAAGUGGCUUCGCAUUCAAAAUAGAAAUCUUUCCACACUUUUGUCAACAAUUCAAUACAUAUUUUG